AUGGACGCCAACAUACCGACCGACCCUCCUUCCCGCUCCCUGAAAGGUAAAGUAGCCAUCGUGACAGGCGCAGGAUGUCUAGGCGAUGGAAUUGGAAAUGGUCGCGCGAUAUCAAUUCUUCUAGCCAACGAUGGCUGUGAUGUGGUCUGUGUUGAUCUGAAUGUGGAGUGGGCGAACAAAACCGUCGAGAUGAUAACAUCGCAACCUGGCCGUGGGAGAGCAAUUUCUUUCCGCGCAGACGUGACAUGUGAAAAGGAUUGUGAGUCUGCAGUGCGACUUGCUGUUGAAAAAUUCGGUCGCCUCGAUAUCCUGGUCAAUAAUGUUGGGAUCAGCGGAGCGUCAGGCACGGCCGUUGAUGUUGAUAUGGAAGAGUGGGCUAGGAGCAUGGAUGUCAACGUCGGGAGCAUGGUGAAGAUGAGCAAAUAUGCCGUACCAGAGAUGAUUAAGAAUGGAGGAGAAAUCAGAGGGAGCAUUGUGAAUAUGGGUAGUGUUGCUGGAUUAAAAGGUGGCACGCCUCAUCUGCUAUAUCCAACUGCGAAAGGAGCAGUGGUGAAUUUGACACGUGCUAUGGCGGCGCAUCAUGCCUCAGAGGGUAUCAGAGUUAAUUGUGUCUGCCCGGGUAUGCUAUAUACACCCAUGAUGUAUGGUAAUGGGAUGAGCGACGAGGUCCGUGAAGCUCGACGAAAGCGUAGUUUGCUGGCCACAGAGGGAAAUGGAUGGGACUGUGCUGGAGCUGUUGUAUUUCUUGCGGGUCCACAUGCUCGAUGGAUGACUGGAGUGAUUCUUCCGGUUGAUGCUGGAAUCACGGCCGCUGUGGGAAUUGAAUUACCAAAGAAUGCCAGUGUAAACGCAUCAUCUUGA